AAAAAGAAGAAGAAAAGAUUGUAUGGAGACUAGUUACCCUCGCUGGCGACUCUUAAAAUCUUGCGGAAGAAGCCACGCGAUGUUUAUAUAUACGUACUUUGCUAUUGAAUUUACUGUUUUCAGAGAGGAGAAUCGGCGCGAUGUUGAAGGCGUCGCGGGACUGGGAGAAGGAGGUGGGCGUUUUAUUGUCUGCGCAUGAGAUUUGAGUGGAUGAGCGACUGGUGCCAUUUAUAUGGAGGAAGACGAGGAUAGAAUUCUGCUCAGCAGUUUGGGAAUAACAUCCGCGAAUCCUGAAGAUAUCGAGCGUGACAUAUUAGCUGGGGCUGCAAGGAAUGAUGAGAACAGUGGUGAAGGUGGAGGGAGCACGGAGGAGGAACUUCCUGAGAAGUCAGCUAGUAUUGACCCGUCAUCCACUAGCCAAGCAAAACUGUACCAUAAAUUGAGGGCAGUAGAGUUUGAAAUAGAUGCUGUUGCAUCCACUGUCGAACAAUCCAAUAAUGUUUCAAGUAACGAUGACAAUGCUUAUGAUGGUAAUGACGGUAGGGAGUUAGGAAAUCAAGAGGAUGGUGGUCAAGUUUCCCCUAACGACUUAGACCUCCAGCAUGCCUUGGCAACUGAUCGGCUAAGAAGCCUCAAGAAAACCAAGGCACAGCUUGAGAAAAAACUUUCGAAUUUGCGCAAGGACAACUCUUCCAAAGGUGUUGAACAAGACAAAGCCUUGCGAAAUCUGGUCAAGGAGGAGCCAAGGCAUAAGAGGAAGCUAAAAGAUGUUAAGAAGCCAGGAAAAAAGGUAGAAAAGAGACAGAAGAUAGUCAAAUUUGAAGAGGAUUCUGGUUUUGAUGCAAUUCUGGAUGCAGCAUCUGCUGGGUUUGUGGAAACAGAAAGGGAUGAAUUCAUUCGGAAAGGAAUUUUAACUCCGUUUCAUAAGUUGAAGGGCUUUGAGCGUCGCCUUCAACAACCGGGGUCAUCUAAUAGUCACGAUGUACCUAACAAAGAAGAUGAGAGUGAUGAUCUUGUUGCUUCCAGUGUUGCCAGAGCUGUACAGGCAAUGUCAGUGGCUGCUCAAGCUCGUUCAGCAACCAAGCUCCUCGAUCCAGAAGCUUUGCCAAAGCUUGAUGCACCCACUCACCCUUUUCAAAGGCUCAAAACACCUUUGAAACUUCCUGAAUCUGCCGAACGAGAGGUAGAAAAGAAUAGAAAAUCACAAAGAAAAAGGAAAAAGAAACGGCCUCUGCCUGACAGGAAGUGGACAAAGCUCGUUUCUCAGGAAGAAAAACACUUGGAAGAUUCUGAAGAUGCAAGAGAUGUGGUGACCUCCAGUUGUGAAGAUGAAAAGCCAGAGGAUGUUAUAAAUGUGGAUGAUCAUGAACCUCCUUAUGUAACACUAGAAGGCGGGCUAAAAAUACCAGAAAACAUCUUUUCUGCACUUUUUGACUAUCAAAAAGUGGGAGUGCAGUGGUUGUGGGAAUUGCAUUGCCAAAGAGCAGGUGGGAUUAUUGGAGAUGAGAUGGGUCUUGGUAAGACCAUCCAAGUCUUAGCUUUUCUCGGUGCACUGCAUUUCAGUAAUAUGUACAAACCGACGAUUAUUGUCUGCCCUGUUACACUAUUGCGACAGUGGAAAAGGGAAGCACAAAAAUGGUACCCAAACUUUCAUGUGGAGAUGCUACAUGAUUCUGCGCAGGAUCCUGUUAAUAGGAAGAAGCAAGCCAAGUCUUAUGAUAGUGAUUAUGAAAGUGAAGGUUCAUUUGAAAGUGAACACGAGGGGCACAUCUCAUCUAGGAGCAAUGGAAAAUGGGAUUCCUUGAUAAACCGUGUUUUACAAUCAGAAUCUGGGUUGCUUAUCACCACUUAUGAGCAACUGCGCAUAGUAGGGGAAAAAUUGCUUGAUAUUGAAUGGGGUUAUGCAGUUCUGGAUGAAGGACACCGUAUUCGGAAUCCUAAUGCUGAAAUUACUCUAGUUUGCAAGCAGCUACAGACUGUUCAUCGCAUUAUAAUGACUGGUGCACCAAUUCAGAACAAGCUGACUGAACUCUGGUCUCUAUUUGAUUUUGUUUUCCCUGGGAAGCUUGGUGUCUUACCUGUAUUUGAGGCAGAGUUUGCAGUUCCCAUAUCUGUUGGUGGUUAUGCUAAUGCUUCACCAUUACAAGUAUCCACAGCUUACAGGUGUGCUGUGGUCCUGCGGGACUUGAUCAUGCCUUAUCUCCUUCGACGUAUGAAGGCCGAUGUGAAUGCCCACCUUCCAAAGAAGACCGAACAUGUCCUCUUUUGCAGCCUCACUGCAGAGCAACGGUCUGUGUAUCGAGCUUUCCUGGCUAGCACUGAGGUGGAACAGAUUUUAGAUGGGAAUAGAAAUUCGCUUUAUGGAAUUGAUGUCAUGCGUAAGAUUUGCAACCACCCUGAUCUUCUUGAGAGGGAGCAUUCGUCCCAUAACCCAGACUAUGGGAAUCCUGAACGCAGUGGAAAAAUGAAAGUUGUUGAACAAGUGCUGAAGGUUUGGAAGGAACAAGACCAUCGGGUUCUUCUUUUUACACAAACUCAACAAAUGCUUGAUAUUCUUGAGAAUUUCUUGGUUGCUGCUGGCUAUAGCUACAGGAGAAUGGAUGGUCUUACUCCCAUAAGACAGAGAAUGGCCUUAAUAGAUGAAUUUAAUAAUUCAAAUGAUGUCUUUAUCUUUAUUUUGACAACCAAGGUUGGUGGUUUGGGCACAAAUUUAACUGGUGCAGACCGGGUGAUUAUCUACGACCCUGACUGGAACCCUUCAACUGACAUGCAGGCUAGGGAGCGUGCCUGGCGUAUUGGUCAGAAACGGGAUGUAACAGUAUAUAGAUUGAUCACACGUGGGACUAUAGAGGAGAAGGUGUACCACCGACAGAUUUAUAAACAUUUUCUAACCAAUAAGAUUUUGAAGAACCCACAACAGAGAAGGUUCUUUAAAUCUCGAGAUAUGAAGGAUCUCUUCACAUUGAAUGAUGGCGGAGAGGGUGGGUCAACUGAAACAUCUAAUAUUUUCAGUCAGCUUUCUGAAGAUGUAAAUGUUGUUGGGUCUCAGAAAGAUAAGCAGGAUGAGCAUAAACCUCUUAAAGUUUCUGCACGACAUGCUGAUGUUGUUGCACCUGAAAAUGGUGACCAAUCAGACAUUGCAACUUCCAGUAGUAAAGGAGAAGAAAAAGCUGAUAACAGCGAUGGUGAUGUAGAUGAAGAAGCAAACAUUUUAAGGAAUCUUUUUGAUGCCCAUGGGAUACAUAGUGCUAUGAACCAUGAUGUGAUCAUGAAUGCUCACGAUGAGGAAAAGAUGAGGCUUGAGGAACAAGCUUCCCAAGUUGCACAAAGAGCUGCAGAAGCAUUACGCCAGUCACGAAUGCUCCGAAGUCGGGACAGUAUAUCUGUCCCAACAUGGACUGGGAAAUCUGGGACUGCUGGUGCACCAUCAUCUGUGCGCCAGAAGUUUGGUUCAACUGUGAACUCUAAGUUGGCAAAUAGUAGUCAGCAGUCAAAUGAAUUCUCCAGUAAUGGAAUUAGUAAUGUAAAUGGCAUUGCCGCUGGGGCAUCUGCUGGGAAGGCACUAUCUUCAGCUGAACUAUUGGCUAGAAUCCGAAAUAACCAAGAAAGAGCUGUUGGUGCUGGACUUGAAAAUCAGCAAGGGUUGGCUUCAAGUUCUCGUAACCAGGCAAGAUCUAUCGAUGUUGGGCCUUCUAGAUCAUCGAAGAACAUAGCUGGAGUACAACCUGAAGUAUUGAUACGUAAGAUCUGUACAUUUAUACAGCAAAGAGGCGGAAGCACCACUUCAGCCAGCAUAGUGCAGCACUUUAAAGACAGGAUACCUACGGAGGAUCUGCCUUUGUUUAAGAAUCUUUUGAAGGAAAUAGCAACACUGGUGAAAGACCUGAAUGAAUCAUGUUGGGUUCUAAAGCCAGAGUAUCAAGAACAAUAAUAUCGUCAACCACUGGUAAUCCCUGUGCAUGCCUUGUUUUGACUUCAUCAAAUAUUCAUCAUCAAGGAUCUGGAGCCCAUAUUCAACCGCCUAGUCGCAAAGGUGACAGACAAGAAGCCAAGCUCCCUUUAUAGUUUCUAGGUACUUUUUUUUUUUUUUUGGCCCUUUCCGAUUCAGACCACAACGAACACACCCUUUUACUGUACAGUAUUAAAUUCCAAAGGUUAAAGGUUUUGGUUUUGGUUUUUUUUUUUUUGAUCGGUAAUCAAAGGUAAUUAUUCAUAGAAAUUGGCAUAGCCGGAAGUAUACUUUUAUUUUGUUUCUGGAAGACAAUGAGCAGAAUUAGAUCA